AUGGACGCCGAAGAGGCGCCAGGUGAUAGCACGCAGCUCGCGGCGAUCGCGUCUUGGCUCCGUGUCCUCACCAAGCGCACGUCUCAAAAUGACGAGAUCCUAACGAGUCCCGGUGCUUUGUUCGAAGUGCUCUCUGCUCUUGACACACAGCAUUUUCGUGCGCCGAAAAAACCAACGCUCGACGUGUUGUACAAGCGACUGGUGCGGUACUAUGACGAUGUACUUAAUGUCGACCAAGAGCUCCCAAAAGUGGAUACCAAGGCCGCGGGGCGGAAGCCACCCGCGGAAGAGGAGCUUGCUAAGCUAAUGCGGUUGGUACUCGGUGCGAUUGCCAAAAGCCCUGAUAAUGAUGCGCAGAUCAGUGCAAUGCAGUCCUUGCCGUAUGCCGACCAGAUGGUGCUAAUGCGUGUAAUUGAGUCGGUGCUAGCUACUUUACAAGCGCCGCAGGAAGCAGAAGAGGUGGAAGCAGCACCUGACACAUCGACGGACAUGAACCUGCGCGAGCUCGAAAACAUGCGCCGUGAGCUCGCGAAAAAGACCGAGCUGGUCAACUUGCACCAAGACCAAUUGGCUAGUGCCGAGGCGCAGAUUGAGCGUCUCACUGAGGAAAACAAAGAGAUGAACGCUGUCUUGCCAGGGCUUCGUGACAGCGAGCGUGAGCGCGAUACAUUCCGCGACCAGCUGGACGAAUGGCGUCCCAUUAUUGAGCAAAGCAAGCGUCAGGAGGCACAGAUCGAAAAGUACAGGUCGCGUCUAGAAGAGACAAGUGACUUGCAGCGUGAACUGCAGGAUCUGCGUUCCAGUGAACAGGACCUCAAGACCACGCUCGCGAAAAAAUACAGCUCGGACAAGGGCAAGAAUGGCUCCGGCAAAUCUACACCAAAAGAGUUUCGUCCUGUGCUUGACCUCCUCACGGAGUCUUUCCAGCUGGACGAUGUUGUUAUGCAGCGAUUGUCCGAGUGCUGGGACCGCGCGAACCAGCUGCGCCAGGAUGCUACGCCUACGUCCGAUGCAGCAGUCCAGGCUGUUCAGCGAGUGUACCGCGAAACAAGCUGGGAACAGCUUAUGACGCCUGCCCUUCCGCAAGGCGAGGACACGCCGCGUGCACCGGUCGGCAAUAUUUCUCCUUCUGCGCCCUCGACGCCGUCGAAUGGGACAUCGUGGUUGGCGCAGCAGCGGAGUGCUUUGGCCGACGCACUGCGCUUUGCGAGGAAAUAG